UAACGUAAUGUCUACGUCAUCGUCAACAUUACCUUUCGUGCGAUUACUUAUAAAAGCACUAAGCUUUGUGCUACAAAGUUUAAAGAAACUUUUAGGUUAUUUUUUGAUUAAAAUACAGAGAUAUAAUUGUAAUAUUACUAGAAAACAAACAGUAUUGAUUUAAUAGUAUUUAAAUCAAAUAAUAUUAAAAGAUAUGGUGUAAUAUCAAGAUGAAUUUUAUUAUGGAAAAUACUACAAUGAACUUUUUCUACAAUAAUUUUUCAUCUAACCAUACAAUUGAUACUAAUUCUUCAUUUAAUUACACAAAUGAUGUGAAGGAUAACAAUAAUUUGCCUGAAAUUCCUAAGUUAGUUAAAGAUAUUUUGAUUGUAGCAACAGUCAUAAUAAUAAUGAUGUCAAUGGGUGCUGACAUUUGUUGGGAUCAGAUUUGGAAUCAUGUACGAAGACCAUUCGCAGUAUUGAUUGGAAUAUUUUGUCAAUUUAUAGUUAUGCCUUUAUCAGGGUAUACCUAUAAACACAUCUUUCAACUGGAAGCGGAAGUAGCAACCGGAUUACUUAUUAUAUCAUGUACUCCUGGUGGAAUUCUAUCAAAUAUUUUCACUUAUUACUUAAAUGGUGAUGUAUCUUUGAGUGUCAGCAUGACUACAAUAUCGACUGUUUUAGCAUUAGGAAUGAUGCCUUUGAAUGUCUGGUUAUAUGCAACUAGAGAAGCGAGUCACUUAGUUAUACCUUUUGGCAAUAUGGCAUUGUCAUUAGUGAUGAUAACUUCUCCCGCUCUUGUGGGUAUGAUCAUAAGAUGGAAAUUUCCACGUGCAUCUGUUUACAUCACAAAAUGGGGUAGCGCAAUAGGUUUCUUAAUCUUCAUCACUUCAUUCUUAAUAGAAUUGAUAUCUUUUAGACACGUCGUUCAUCAGAUACCAUUAAAAUUAAUAAUUACUACAAUUCUAAUGCCAACCACAGGUAUUAUAGCGGGUUAUCUGAUAGGUUUUCUUUGUAAAAGAUCAAAUUCAAUAAGCACAACCAUCGCGGUUGAAAGUGGAAUACAGAACGUACCUGUUGCAAUUAGCAUUAUUUCACUAUCUUUUGAUAUUACACAUCAAACUAACCUCAUUAUGCUUCCGUGGUUCUAUUUAAUAUCACAAGUUGUAAUAUGUGGUGUUAUAUGUGCAGUUUAUCACAUUGUAAGAAUAUUUAUGAAAAGAAAAGAAGUUCCAGAAGAAAAACAAGAGAAAGUUAUUGAGAUUAUAGAAAUUACCUCAUUGUAAUGACAUCAUAAUUUCAAGAUAUCGAGCGUUUUAGGCCCUAUGAAUUUUAAUGGAAAUGAAAAUCAUUUUAUUCUUAAUAAUUAAAUUAUUUAAUGUAGAAAAAUAAAAAUUAAAUAAAAGUAAACGUAUUUUGAAUUAG